GCUUCCCGGCGCCGGCAGCGGCACUUCCGGGCGGGCAGGGCAGGCAGGCUGCCCGAGCCRGGAGCAUGAGCGAGUUCCGCAUCCACCACGAUGUGAACGAGCUGCUGAGCCUGCUGCGGGUGCACGGCGGCGAGGGUGCUGAGGUCUACAUCGAGCUGCUGCAGAARAACCGCACGCCCUACGUCACCACCAACGUGUCUGCACACAGUGCCAAGGUAAAAAUAGCAGAGUUUUCUCGAACUCCUGAAGAUUUUUUAAAGAAGUAUGAUGAGCUGAAAUCAAAAAACACGAGACAUCUGGAUUCUUUAGUUUAUCUGCUGUCCAAACUCACCGARGACAAAGAGACACUCCAGUACCUGCAACAAAAUGCUAAAGAAAGGGCAGAACUCGCAGCAAAUGCAGCCACCAGCAGCAGCACCAACUUUUCCAUCCCCUCAUCCACUGCCAAGAUGUCUCUGCAGGAGCUGGAGGAGCUGCGCAAGCAGCUGGGCASUGUCACAGCCAACUCCAGUGCACAGCAGCCUCUUGAGCUGACAAGAAAAAUCCUCCGGGAGAAGCAGAACAAGAGGAAUUCUGGCCAGCCCAUUCCAGUGUUUCCAUCCUGGGUGUAUGAGAGACCUGCACUUAUUGGGGAUUUCUUGAUUGGCACCAGUUUAAGCACUGACACAACAGUACCAAUAGGCACUUUGCCCCUGGCCUCCCAGGAAUCCAUGAUUGUGGAGGACCUGCUCUAUGUUCUGAUUGGUGUGGAUGGGAGGUACAUCACAGCACAGGCCCUCGUGGGCAGGCAGAACAGAGCCUUCUCACUCGACCCAAACCUGGACUUGUCCAUCAAGGAGCUGGUGACCAGGAUCCUYCCUGUGGCAGCAAGUUACUCUGCUGUCACCAGGUUUAUAGAGGAGAAGUCUUCCUUUGAGUAUGGGCAGGUAAAUCAUGCUCUGGCYGCCGCCAUGCGGACUCUAAUCAAGGAAUACAUGAUAUUAAUUACUCAACUGGAGCAUCUGCAGAGGCAGGGCCUUCUGUCACUGCAGAAACUGUGGUUUUACAUCCAGCCCACCAUGAGGACCCUGGAGAUUCUGGCUUCACUGGCUACUUCUGUGGAUAAGGGUGAGUGCAUGGGAGGAUCAACCCUGAGCUUGCUCCAUGACAAGACUUUCAAUUACACGGGGGACAGCCAGGCCCAGGAGCUGUGCCUGUAUCUGACCAAGGCAGCCAGCGUGCCUUACUUUGAAAUCCUGGAGAAGUGGAUAUAUAGAGGCAUCAUCAAUGAUCCAUACAGUGAGUUCAUGGUGGAGGAGCAUGAGCUGCAGAAGGAGAAGAUUCAGGAGGACUACAACGACAAGUACUGGGACCAGAGAUACACCGUGGUUCAGCAGCAGAUUCCCUCCUUCCUGCAGAAAAUGGCUGACAAAAUCCUCAGCACAGGGAAAUAUUUAAACGUCGUGCGGGAAUGUGGGCGAGAUGUCACCUGCCCCGUGGCCAAAGAGGUCAUCUACACUUUAAAAGAGAGAGCCUACGUGGAACAAAUAGAAAAAGCAUAUAACUAUGCCAGCAAAGUUCUUCUGGACUUCCUGAUGGAGGAGAAAGAGCUGGUGGCUCACCUAAGAUCUAUAAAACACUAUUUCCUGAUGGAUCAGGGCGACUUUUUUGUUCACUUCAUGGAUCUGACUGAGGAGGAACUGAAGAAGCCUGUGGAUGACAUCAUAACGACGAGGCUGGAGGCUCUGCUGGAGCUGGCCCUGAGGAUGAGCACAGCCAACACUGAUCCUUUCAAGGACGAUUUGAAGAUUGACUUGAUGCCCCAUGACCUCAUCACACAGCUCCUGAGAGUGCUGGCCAUCGAAACCAAGCAGGAGAAGGCCAUCAUCAGUGCAGACCCCACAGAGCUCACCCUCAGUGGCCUGGAGGCCUUUUCCUUUGACUACAUCGUCAAGUGGCCUCUGUCCCUCAUCAUAAACAGGAAAGCACUGACGAGGUACCAGAUGCUUUUCAGACACAUGUUCUACUGCAAGCACGUGGAAAGGCAGCUGUGCAACGUUUGGAUCAGCAAUAAGACAGCCAAGCAGUUCUCCCUGCAUUCAGCUAAGUGGUUUGCUGGUGCCUUCACACUGCGGCAGCGGAUGCUGAAUUUUGUGCAGAAUAUCCAGUAUUACAUGAUGUUUGAAGUGAUGGAGCCAACAUGGCACAUUCUGGAGAAGAACCUGAAGCUGGCAUCCAACAUCGACGACGUCCUGAGCCACCACACGAGCUUCCUGGACAACUGCCUGAAGGACUGCAUGCUCACCAACCCUGAGCUGCUCAAGAUCUUCUCCAAGCUGAUGUCAGUGUGUGUCAUGUUCACCAACUGCAUGCAGAGGUUCACCCAGAGCAUGAAGCUGGACAGUGAGAUGGAGAAGCUCACCCUGGAGCAUGGCACCAUGCAGGGCCCRCCCACGGAGGAGGAGCGUGCUGAGGAGGCUGCCAAGAAGAAGCUGACCAACAAGGUGGGACAUGGGGGAUAGCUGGGUCUGGGUCUGGCCACUUGCAGAUAUACCUCCCCAGUUUCUAGAGCACCUCUGGCCCCAAGAGCAUGAUCUUUGUGGAAUUGUGGGCAGUGGAGAGCACUGCUGGAGUUCUCAAAGUCUGCUUUGAAGACCCUGUCUCCUGCUGCAGGGAGUUUUUGAGUUCUCACUCGUGUUU